GAUAUUGCCGAAAUGAAGUUGACAAAGCUGAUGCUGACUUUCCUUUGCCUGGGGCUUUUCGUCACCCUGGUGGCGAGUGCCGAUACGGACACGGAUACAAAUACGGGUGAUACCGACGAUACUACCACGACCACGGAGGCCAGUUCCUCGGAUGAUGAUACCGAUGUGGAUGACGGCACAUCCUCGGAUGAUACUGAUUCUGAUACCGAUUCUGCUACCGAUUCUACUAGCGAUUCUGAUACCGAUUCUGAUACCGAUUCGGAUACCGAUUCGGAUACCGAUUCCUCUACUUCUUCGGUGGUAACAAAGAAGAAGACCAAUAGUACCAAAAAGAAGGCCAAUAACAACAAAAAGAAGGCCAAUAACAACAAAAAGAGGGUCAACAACAACAAGAAGAAGGCGGCCAACAAUCGUAGGAAGAGAGCCAAUAACAACAGAAACAAGAAGAAGGCAUCCAACAACAGCAAUCGCAGAAGGAACAACGCCAAAAGGCGUGGUUAACCUAAAAACAAACUCCUUAUCAACAACAAUAUCAGAACUAUAUGCAUAAUAAAUACUUUUUUUUUCUCGUGAUUUAAUAAUUGAUUGGUGUAUUGGUGUGAUUCAACAGCGCACAACAACUUUGCAUAUUUUUCGGGAUGCAGAAAAAAUGCAAAGAACCCAUUCGGUAGAAAUAAAAAAAGAAAACGCUAUCUGCAUGACCAAUUCGUGGAGGUAAACAAAAUGAAUUCGUCGAAUAAUAUAAAAAUGUAUUUUUUGGCAAAUUGUUUUCUAUUAAAUACAAAUUCAUA